GUCGCUACAAGUCAAAUAUGGCGCUCUACGUAUGUUUUGUGGUCCGUAUGUACGCACCUUGCAAACAGCGCAGCGACAGUGAUUGAAUCAUCGCAUCGCCGAAGCAUUUGCCUGAUUUUGGCCCACUGAUUGAGUCAAUGAUGUGCAUCAAACAGCGCUUACUGGUGCCAUAGGGUCAAGCCAGUGUGACGUGUUGUGGUUGUUAAAUCGUGAGCUUGCGUGAGACUGCGGCACGAUGAUGAAGGGAAGACCGAGUUAUGCCUACAGCGAGAAGCUGAUGAAACAGAUGGGCUGGACAGAAGGAAAAGGAUUGGGGAAAAACGAGGAUGGCAUGCGUGAUUUCAUUCAACCGAAGAAAAAGGUGAAUACCAAAGGCAUAGGCUUCAACGGUGUGGACGAUCGCUGGAUCGAGCACCAAGAGGCCUUUGACAGCCUGCUAAGCAACCUCAAUAAUGGAAGCCCUGCAGCUAAAGAAGACAAGUUGAUUGGGGUUGAAGAGCGGGCAUUCAAGCUCGGGGGUCGUGUUCAUUACUCAAAGUUUCUCAGAGGAAAAGACUUGAGUCAGAAGAAGAAGGAAGACCUCAAUGCCAUUGUGGUCAAGAGGAAGAAGGAUGUGGAAAGCGUGCAAGAGGCAGACACGACGGGCCAGGAAGACCUGUCGGGACUGAAAACGCACACUAGUAGCUUGAGCUACCAGGAGUACUUUGCUCAACGCAUGAAGGCAUCAAGACAUCAUAAAGGACUUAAUGAAGAUGGAGACCUGCAAUCUUAUCAGCAGACAGAGGAAACUAGAGAUGAACAUAGCAAGAUGACAUCAAGAAGGAAAGACAAGAGGUGUGAGAAAAACGAGCAUGUACAGGAUGACUGGACUUCUCAUGCGGAUGAAGAGGUUGUCGAAGCAGGACUACCACUAAACAGAGCUGAUAGUGAGGAUACCUACUCAAUGUGCAAUGUGAACGUUCAAGCCAAGAAGAAGAAGAAAAAGUCGAAGCACAGGUCUAAUGAUGGUGGUGACAACCAGUGGUCUGAGUCUAUCACCCAGCAAAGAGAAGACAGGCUUGGUGGAGAGUUAGUACCUGAGGAAUGCUCCUUAGAAGAGGGUGCCCCUAAGAGACAAAGAAAACUGAAACAUGCUGAUGACAGUGAGCAGACCCUACGCGGAGCUACCGUCUCACAGAUGGAGUUUUACUCAAAGGACAGUGUACCUGACCGAAUCAAGAAAAAGUCGAAGCAUAAGUCUCAUGAUGGCACCGAAAGUCAGUGGUCUGAGACCAUCAUAUCACCUGUAGAAUGCUCCUUGGAAGUGGACGUCCCUAAGAGGGCGAAAAAAUUGAAGCGUACAGUUGAGAACAGCAUUGAAAACAGCGAGCAGGCAUUACCUAAAACUACUGCAUUACAGAUAGAGUUUUGCACAGAGGACAGUGUGCCACGAGUAAAAAAAAAGUCAAAGCACGAGUCAGAUCAUGACACUAUGAGGUUUGAGACUAACAAUGAGCAGUGGGAUGAUGGGAACCAAUCAAGUCAGGCCUUGGUUGAGGCACCUACACUAUCCGCAAAGCACACCGUAGAAGAGGCUGCGCCUAAGCGAACAAAGAAGCUGAAAUGCCAGCCAUGCCUAAGUACGGAUGACACUGCAAAUGGCAGUUCGCAAAUGUUGACUUCAGUUGUGUCGCCCAAAGAGGCCUCCUCAGAAAAGCAUCAGCAGCAGAUGAAGAAGAAGUCGAAGCACCGGCCUGCCAAUGAUACAGUUGAAGAAGACGAUAGAGAAACUAGCAGCAAGAAAGCAGCAGUUGCAAGCCCUGGAGACAGAGCUGUAAAAAAGGAAGUUCCAAUGCUGCCUUUGCAGACCUGCUUUGAGGAGGAGAUGCCAAAGCAAACUACAAAAGAACCUAAACAGAAAGCACCUGAAGUAACAAAUGAAAAGAGCAGACUAAAGAUCCAUACAGAAUCUGUAGAGGGUACAACAGCAGCAAAUAUACGUUUGGAUGAAGCUUUCUCUUUGGCUACCAGGCAAUUCGAAAAAGUGUUGAAGCAGUCUGGGAAGUUGAAGAGGAAGCUGAAUCAUGAUCCGACUGAUGAAGUAGAUGAGCAAAAAGGGCAACAAGAUAAAGUGCAACACGUGAACAGAGGAACUGCUAAGGCCACUGCGUUGGCUGCCAAUGCCGAGGCGCUCCAGGAAGAUUGUGCACCCAGGAAGUCAAAGCGAAAGCAGGAGGAAAGGGAAAGAAAGGAUAGUUGCACAGCCGAAGAGGAACAAAAGUGUGCCCAGCCAGAUGUUAAAGCUAAAACAAGGAAGGAGUCUAACCGACAGCAGGAAGAAGGAAUCGUAACCAAGAAACUCAAACACGAACCAGAGCAAAAUGAAGUGCCAGAAGACGAGACCAAGAAAAAUGCUAAGCAAAACCAAACAGGAGGGUCGACACCUAAAGAACCCAAUCCGGAACAAGAACAAAGUAAAGCGAAGGCUCACAUCAAGACGGAGGCUAACGAAAAGCCUAAGCAAAAGUUGACGUCUGGCAAGGCCAGUCCAAAGCAAGAAAAGGCUGCUCUGAACGCUCAAACUAAGAAGGAGUUGAAAAACCAGGAGGAAGGAGUAACACCUAAAAUGUCUACCCGAGAACAAGAACAAACUGGUCCAGAGGUUAAAACUAAGAAGGUGUCUAAACAAAAGCAGAUGGAAGAAGUGAUGUCCAACAAGGUUAUCGUGGGGCAACAAAAGAAUGAGCCAAAAAGUAAAGCAAAAAAUGUGUCCAAGCAAGACAAGAACUACAAGCAAAAAGUAACACCCAAAAUGUCUAAUCCAAAACAAGAACUGCCUGAACCCAAAGUUGAGACCACAAUUGAGUCUCCACAAAAGCAGAUGGAGAAAAAAACAACAAAGAAGUCCAACUUGAAGCUGGAAGAGAAUGAACUAAACCUCAAAGCCAAGAUGGUACCUAAGCAAAGGCAUGUGGAAGGGACUACAUCCAGUGAAGCUAACCCCGAAGAACAGACCAAGGUGAUUGUUAAAAAGAAAACUAUUCAAACUGCAAGCAGAGUUGUUGCAAACAAAACAGUGCAAAGUGCAAGUAAGCCAGUUGCAAAGAAAACUGUGCGGACUGCAACCAAGCCGGUUGCAGAGAAACCUUCUCCAACAGCAAGCAAGCUAGUUACAAAGAAACCUGUACCACCAGCAAGCAAGGUGGCUGCAAAGAAAUCUGGGACGACUACAACCAAGCUGGCUGCAAAGAAGCCUGUUCAGACUGCAAGCAAGCUCAUUACGGAGAUGCCCGUGCAAGAUGCCCAUAGAAGGCUGGGCCAUCGCUCGAAGCAUCCAGCCGGCAACAGUGCAGACCCACAGUAUUGUCAGUAUGAUGCUGGCAAGGCUUCGAGGGAUUUCAUCGCUUCUCGAAAGAAAAUUGCCAUUAGGAACUCCAGGGCCGGAAACGCUGCAAGGAAGCAUCAGAGCAAUGCUGAACGCCCUUACCCAUGGCGCUUAGACAGGAUCAAGAAAGGAAUGUGGCGGCCCUUGUUUAAGCCUGACGUCAAAGUAGUGCCUGUGGAUGACGACACUGCCGCAACAAUGGCCCAGUGGGUCAUUGAUACAGUGGAGCAUUCCGGCAGCAGGAUCACUCCUGCCAAGGUGUGCCACCUCAGCAAGGAGAUGUUUGCCAUCACACUCGCCGACCACAUUUACAGGCAACACAACGCUUCCAACUGGAUGCAUAUUCCGGGAUACGGAAGCAAGUCUUGGGUGGAGGGAUGCGUUAACCUCCUGUUUAACAGGCUGGUUGCAAGGAACCACAAAGAAGCCUCGGAGUCUUUCGUUCCGUCAACUGCUAACAAUGAAAAGAAGGCUUCAAGCGGCUCAAUUGUGGGCAGUGGGAUGAAAAAGUGACAUUGCACGACUAUGAGAUCAUUCAAUUUUGUUGUCAAGCUCGGAGCACAAGUCGGAGGUGUUGCUGGACCUCGCACCACUUGAACUUCACUGUUGAGUGACUUUAGAUUGGUGCACACCCAUCGUAGUAUUCUUGUGUGGACAACAGGGCUAUUUCAGUGUCUCCUGAGGUGGUGCACUUGAAGAAACAAUGUGGCUAUAGCUGCUGCUUUCCAGGCACUGUUUUAGUAGUCAGUUGUCAAUCAGUGUGUGUUAGUUCAAGUCUGACCCUGCCUCUUGUAAGUAAAUUCUCCCAGAAAGGUGUCCGACUACUAUGUCAACAAAAAGGAUCCUGUACGCCUGUCGAUGUUAUGCAAAAGCAUUUUCAUUUCUGACACUGUACACCACUGUACAUACAGUUGCUGAACUAUUUAGGUGCUCGCAGUCAAUCAAGUCAUACGUUUAGUCAAGUACACUGCAUCUUCAUGCCUGUUCAAUCGUACAACAUGUUUCUUUGUAUGCAUUUGAAAAAAUGUUCGACCUCCUUUAUAUAUAAACAAGCAGCAAACAACAAUGAUGCUUUCGUAAGACAUUCUGUAAAAGAAUGCUCAGAGGCAAGUAGAAGAGGCCCACAACACAGAUCUGUACUGCUGGCCAUCUUUGCAUUUCUUGCAGCUUUGUUUUCCAGUAUGCAUUUCUAAAAUGCCAUGCAUUCAGUGUGGCUGAACAUGUUUUGGUCACUGGAUCCGGUAAAAAGAACAUUGUCAUAGGUCGUGCAAAGAGCCUCUAGAUGUUCUGAUGGAACUUCAAGACUGGUCAUACAAAUGCGAGAAUAUUCUAGGUAAAAAUUCAUAGAGAGACCUUUAAUUUCAAUCGUUUGCCAAAUAGCUGUAGCAGCAGCAGCAGCUUGUUGCUUAACCAUGUCUGGUUGCCACAGUAUAUCCGAGAAACCUCUGCUCGUAUGGUACCAAUCUUGACCGAACCUCUCUUCACCAAGUACUACAGUCACUCCCAGCUACGGCAGUCUGCCCGAGUACAUUUGUGAAAUGUGCUGCUGGGCAAGAACCUCCACAAUUUUAGGUCUCUUUAGGUCUGUGCAGUUUGACGUCCACUUUGGUUCAGUGGACGCAGAUCUUUCCACUGCAAUCUUUGAUUCAAUGUAAUACAGGAGCCAGUUUGCACAAUUUCUCUGCUAUAAUUACUUUAAAAUGGUUCUCUCUCGCUCAUGGGAUUUGUUUUUUAACGGUAACAUCAGUGACUGCCAAUUUGUUGCCACCACGUAGCAACACUAUGAUUACGGUUAUAGCAUUAUAAUUUGAAUAACUGCUCAGUGUUCUUAUGCAUGCAUUUGUUGAGAAAAGUCUCGAGUGCUGUAGGCUUGCUUGUUCUUGCACUUUUAUCCUUGGCAAUCGUGGAUCGUGGAGCAUGCAGGUACUGCACUGUUGAUGGCACUACCGAGAACUGUAUCGAAAAGUGCAGCCAAACUGGAAGAAACUUUUCCUCUAUGCAGUUCUCACUGCUGGGGUGAUGGAUUGCGAGGAAUGUAAACUACCUUUGGCUUAUUGUCUCCAGAGGGUCUCCUGCAAAACUUCACAGUUGCUAAUUGUGCUCCUGUGGGCUCGUUUGUUCCACAAAGCUCUUGAUUUGGUGUGUAGUCUCUUGCCUUCAUGAGCUGUAUCACAUGCACAUUUGCAGGUCGUCUGGGCUGGUACACUCAAAGGCGUGCAAUUCUCGUAGGUUAUGAGAAGAGAAAGGGAACUUUGCACACAAGACACAGUUGAAAUGAAUUGUGGUGGCCUGUUCUUGACACUUCAUCCUGAAUGCUUUACUAAUUGGGUCAUCUCCAAAAAGGUCAUGAGGAAUUGUCUUGGGUUCUUUUGACAAGCUGCACUGCUUAUUCAGACAUGUUGGAAAACUGGCUUGCGUGCUGCCACAAGCAGACUGUAGCACACCAGUUUCUUGGUCCUUCUGCAUUCUUUUGUCAUUAAUUUGCAGCCCAUUAUUUUGCAAUGCCCACUUUACCAUCUGUGACAGAACUGUUCCUUCUGGUUCUUGCAACUUCUAUGAUUGCUACUGUUGCACCAUCUGAAAAGGUGGAGGUGUGCUGGCCAACUUAACGUUACAUAUACUAUUGGCUACAGCACAACCCAUGUACAACUGGUUAUUGCCAGCGAAAACCAACUUUCUAACGACAGUUUACAACAAAAAGCGUUCUGGUGCACUAUUCAAUGCCAAGAUCCUUACUUGCUUUGAAGACAUGGUGGAGUUUGAUUGCCCUACCAAUAAAGGGCUAUGUGCCUUGCAGUAUAAAUGUGAAAGAACCAAGCUUGGCUCACAACAUUAAUCUAUCCACCCAGUGUAGCCACUGCAUGUAUUUGAUUCAUACUUGUUAUAGUGUGAAUGUGGAAGCAACACCUCCAAGAUAAUGAAAGGCUCAUGUGUCAUAAAAAGGCACGGAAGCAGUUGAAUCGUGAACUGGAAAAAAAAAAAAAAAGAUGUUUGGGCCAAGCAUUGCUUGCGCCUGUGGCAAAAAAGUACAAGUUCUUGCCCUCCGACAUGACAUCGUUUCAUGGCAGCGUUUUGUUAUCUAGGAGGUGUUGGUAGGUGUGGGAUGCACUACUGUUAAGCAAAUGUGAGAACCACCUACAAGUGCACAUCUGUGCUUUUAUUUAUGCGUAAUAAACUACAUGCACGCAUUGUUUGUUGAUGCCACCUGCA